UUAGGCGUGCGCUGAGCCCGCCCAUGCCGCCAUGCGGCGCGCGAGCUGUCCCGCCCGCGCCCGUUGCACCCGCGGCCUCACGCGCUGACUCAUCGCCUCGUUUCCGUUUUCGCUCCACCCUGAUUUCCAGCUCAUCUCCGGUUUCUUCACGGCCACCCUCCGGGAGCUCCACCUCACGUCGGGAUCCUUCUAUAAAAGAGGAGCAGAGCGCCCGAGCCCCCCCGGCUCUCCAAUCUUGGAUUCACCUAAACCUGUUAGCUUUCCUCGAGGACCUUGACGAAAACAGCCGCCUUUUCUUUCUCGUUUAUAUAAGUCGUCGCUGCGUCCCGGGCUGAAUUCGCAUCUCCAUUGCGUUUGUGUCCUCUGCCUGCCUGUGCGUGCCUGGGUACUUUGUUUGCACACAAGCGUCUUCUUCCCUGUCGCCAGGAAAGCUUCCUUCGCUACGCUUGCGUUCCCUCGCGUUCGAUCCGGCAAGGUCCGUCCUUCCAUGGCCAUCGCCUCCCGCGUCUCGAAGCGCGCGCUGUCCACCUUCGCCGCCGCCAAGCUCCCGGAGGCGGUCGCCGCCACCGCGGAGCCGUCGUUGCCGUCGGUGACGCCGGCGUCGUCGACGUCCGAGAGGACCGGCGGUAGGGUGCUGCAGUUCGAGGACACCGGGCGGCUGUUCGCCGGGGAGCCGACGUCGGCGCUGGUGCGCACGCUCGCCGCGCUGCAGGCGCUGUCCGUGGGGCCCCUGGUCGACGCCGCGACCGCGGCGCUGCGGUCGCCGGCGGUGGCCGGCAGCGCGCUGGGCCGGGCCGCGGCGAGGGCCACCGCAUACAAGCACUUCUGCGCGGGCGAGACCGCGGACGAGGCCGCGGCCGUCGUGCGCCGGCUGUGGCGCGGCGGCAUGGGCGGGAUCCUUGACUACGGGAUCGAGGACGCCGAGGACGGCGACGCGUGCGACCGCAACGCCGCCGGGUUCAUCGCCGCCGUCGACGUCGCCGCCUCGCUGCCGCCGGGCUCGGCGAGCGUGUGCAUCAAGAUCACGGCGCUGUGCCCGAUCGCGCUGCUGGAGAAGACGAGCGACCUGCUGCGGUGGCAGAAGAAGCACCCGUCCUUCAGCCUGCCGUGGAAGGCGCACUCGUUCCCGAUCCUGUCGGACUCGAGCCCGCUGUACCUCACCGCGUCGGAGCCGCCGGCGCUGACGGCGGAGGAGGAGCGCGAGCUGGAGCUCGCGCACGAGCGGCUGCUGGCGGUGUGCGCGCGGUGCGUGGAGCACGGCAUCCCGCUGCUGGUGGACGCCGAGUACGCCACCGUGCAGCCGGCCAUCGACUACUUCACGCUCGUCGGCGCGCUGGCGGUCAACGGCGAGGCCCGCUCGGCGGACGGCGAGCGCCCCAUCGUGCACGGCACCAUCCAGGCGUACCUCCGCGACGCGCGUGACCGGCUUGAGGCCAUGGUGCGCGCCGCGGAGCGGGAGCGCGUGCGCCUGGGGCUCAAGGUCGUGCGCGGCGCGUACCUGACCCGGGAGACCCGGCUCGCUGCCUCCCUCGGCGUGCCGUCGCCGAUCCACGGCAGCAUCCAGGACACCCACGACUGCUACAACGGAUGCGCCGCCUUCCUCCUCGACCGCGUCCGCCGCGGCUCUGCCUCCGUUAUGCUCGCCACCCACAACGUCGAGUCAGGCCAACUCGCGGCGGCGCACGCGCAGGAGCUGGGGAUCCCGAAGGGAGACCGCAACCUGCAGUUCGCGCAGCUGAUGGGCAUGGCGGACGGGCUGUCGCUGAGCCUCCGCAACGCCGGGUUCCAGGUCAGCAAGUACCUGCCGUACGGGCCGGUGGAGCAGAUCAUCCCCUACCUCAUCAGGCGCGCAGAGGAGAACAGAGGCCUCCUCUCCGCCUCCUCCUUCGACAGGCAGCUGCUCCGGAAGGAGCUGGGGAGGAGGGUCAAGGCCGCGGUGGUGGGACGUGAGUGAAGCGAACUUCGGAGCCCGAGAGGCUGUGUGAAACUGCCAAGCUGGGACAAGGGCGAGUUGAAGGCUAAGCUGUAAAUACACCCUUCGGUCUUCAGACAUUGAUGUAUCCAGGACUUUUGUUGAAUAAUCGAAUGAAUAGAAUAAUCUCAUUCUGUGAUUUCCAAGGAUUAAUCGAUUAUUUGUCACUCUUAA